AUGGGCAUUUUCACAGGACAAGGCGCACAAUGGGCUGGAAUGGGGCGUGAGCUUCUACUUGCGUCCACUGUAUUCCGCAAAUCUAUCGAGCGGUGUGAGCAUGCUCUGGCAACUCUGCACGACGGCCCCUCGUGGUCCCUUCAGGAAGAGCUUUUAGCAGACAAACCCUCGUCACGUCUCUCCAAUCCUGCGAUAAGUCAGCCAGUGACAACCGCAAUUGAAAUAGCCGCCUACGACCUCCUUUGUACGUCUGGGGUCAACGUUGAUGUGGUGGUGGGCCACUCAUCCGGCGAGAUAGUGGCUGCCUAUGCUCUCAGUAUUAUUUCAGCGGAGGAUGCCAUGAAGAUAGCCUAUUACCGUGGGCUGCACACCAAGCCGGCUAGAUCAGGUAGGAUGCUCGCCGUUAGCCUUUCGUUUCACGACGCCCGUGAAUUGUGCUCUUGGCCGUCCUUUUCAGGAAGAGUUGUGGUGGCAGCGAGCAACGGACCUGCGAGCACUACCCUAUCGGGCGAUUACGACGCGAUCCUUGAGGUCAAGGCACUCCUCGACCGUAAGAAGACCUUUGCAAGAACCUUGCAGGUUGAUGUUGCGUACCACUCACAUCAUAUGGUUCCCUGUUCUGCUGCAUAUCUGGAAUCAUUGAGGGCAUGCAAUAUCCAGGUGAAAUCACCUAGGAGUGGCUGUACAUGGAUUUCAAGUGUGACGGGGAGGAACGCAAUACUGGACGGGGAUAUCCAGUCGUUCUCCGCAACGUAUUGGGUCGAUAACAUGGUCAAACCCGUCCUCUUUUCCCAAGCACUGGACAAAUCACUUUGUGGCACUCAAGACCUCGCGGUCUCUAGGCGAAGCCACCGCUUCUGUGGCUUGGGCAGUUGA